CAUUAGUUGUGUCUCAUAACCUUCCACUAUGAAGACUUUGGUACUAUUGGUAGCCGUCCUGGCCGUUGCCAGCGCUGAAUGGAUCGAAAUUGAUUGGUCCCAGGUCCGUCCGAUUGAGGACUUUGACCACUACUGGGCUCGUCUCCCGGCUGAGCUGCAGUACCUGCGCAAGCUCCAACCGGAGCGCAGAAUCACCAACGGACAGGAAGCUACCCCCGGCCAGUUCCCGUACCAGAUUGCUCUGCUCAGUACCUUCGGCGGUGGUACCGGUCUGUGCGGAGGAUCCGUCCUGACCAACAACUUCAUCCUGACUGCUGCUCACUGCGUCCAGAAUGCCCUCGGAGGUACCGCCAUCAUGGGAGCCCACAACCGCAUCAACAACGAGCCUACUCAGCAGAGAAUUGCCUUCGGAGUCAACGGAAUCAACAUCCACGCCGGAUACACCCCGACCAACAUCCGUAACGACAUUGCCACCGUUCGCCUGAACAGCCCAAUCACCUUCAACGACCGUGUCCAGCCUGUGCUCAUGCCCCAGGCUGGUGACAACCGUCAGUUCGCUGGAGUGACUGGAACCGUUUCCGGAUUUGGACGCACCUCUGAUGCCAGCCAGGCUACCUCUGCCGUUGUUAUGUUCACUUCCAACCCAAUCAUGACCCAGGCCGAUUGCUUGGCUAGCUGGGGUGGCAACACCAACAUCAUCCAGGCCCAGAACAUCUGCUUGUCUGGCGCCGGUGGACGUUCCUCGUGCAAUGGUGACUCGGGCGGCCCGUUGACCGUUGCUGAGGGAGGAAACACCCUGCAGGUCGGUAUUGUCUCGUUCGGAUCGGCUGCGGGUUGCUCCAUUGGCAUGCCAUCGGUGUACGUCCGCGUGACGCAUUUCCUUGACUGGAUCCAGCAGAACUCCGACCAUCAGAACUAAGGUGGUGUUUGGAAAACAUGAUGUGACGAUUCAAUAAAUUUCUUUUUAAGCAAUUUAA